CUGGUGGUAAAACUUUAAUUACCUUAAAAAAAAAAAGGCCCUAUAAUCCUCCCCCCCCACCUCUGGUGAAAGCACGGCCCACAGUGCGACCGUGAGAGAAAGUUUAAAAGCGGACGAUCUCCUCCCCACCUUCCCCGCGGAGGGGUGGGGGUAUCUGUCCGUCUGCGCUCCGAGGAAGGUGGGGGUAACAAGUCGCCCUCCGGGGUGGCUCAGACCGUGGCUCUCACCCCACCCUUCUACGGGGAGACGAAGUACACUUUCAGGAGGAGUCUUGGGGGCGGACAACAAUCAUAAAGACCACCAGACAGUUAUUUCUUCACUGCUACUAGAUUAUCCAAUCAAGGGUCUAAGAAUCCAAAAACCCAAUAGUGAAGAAAAGAAGCAGUAUAUAUCCUGUUUAAUUAGUCCCUGAGUAGUUGAAGGUUAAAAAAAAUAAAUCAUGACUGAAUCCGCCUCUAGCACAAGUGGUCAAGAGUUUGAUGUAUUCAGUGUUAUGGACUGGAAAGAUGGAGUAGGUACGUUGCCAGGAAGUGAUUUAAAGUUUCGAGUAAAUGAAUUUGGAGCCCUAGAAGUUAUAACAGAUGAGAGUGAGAUGGAAAAUGUUAAAAAAGCAACAGCUACCACAACUUGGAUGGUACCAACUGCUCAAGAAGCCCCGACCUCUCCCCCGAGCUCCAGGCCCGUAUUUCCACCUGCCUACUGGACAUCUCCACCUGGAUGUCCCACAGUCUUUUCAGAGAAGACUGGAAUGCCUUUCAGGUUGAAGGAUCCAGUGAAAGUAGAAGGGAUUCAAUUCUGUGAGAACUGUUGUCAGUAUGGCAAUGUAGAUGAGUGUCUUUCUGGAGGGAACUAUUGCAGCCAGAAUUGUACUCGGCAUAUCAAAGACAACAGAGAUCAGAAGGAAGAAAGGGACAUAGGAGAAGACAAUGAGGAAGAAGAUCCUAAGUGUAGUCGGAAGAAAAAACCAAAACUAUCUCUGAAAGCUGACUCCAAGGAGGAUGGAGAAGAGAGAGAGGAAGAAAUGGAGAACAAACAAGAUGGAAGAAUCCUGAGGGGUUCUCAGAGAGCCCGAAGGAAAAGACGAGGUGAUUCGACUGUAUUAAAGCAGGGUUUGCCUCCUAAAGGGAAGAAAGCUUGGUGCUGGGCAUCCUACCUGGAAGAGGAAAAGGCCGUGGCAGUGCCAGCGAAGCUGUUCAAGGAGUAUCAAUCCUUUCCUUAUAACAAAAAUGGGUUUAAAGUUGGCAUGAAAUUAGAAGGCGUAGACCCUGAGCACCAGUCGGUGUACUGCGUCCUCACCGUGGCUGAGGUUUGUGGAUACCGGGUAAAGCUGCACUUUGAUGGAUAUUCUGAUUGCUAUGACUUCUGGGUAAAUGCAGACGCUCUGGAUAUUCAUCCAGUUGGGUGGUGUGAGAAAACCGGCCAUAAGCUUCAUCCUCCCAAAGGUUAUAAAGAAGAAGAAUUUAAUUGGCAGACCUAUCUUAAGACAUGCAAAGCUCAAGCUGCUCCCAAGUCAUUAUUUGAAAAUCAGAAUAUAACAGUGAUCCCAUCAGGCUUUCGAGUUGGAAUGAAGCUUGAAGCUGUAGACAAAAAGAACCCUGCAUUUAUCUGUGUUGCUACGGUAACAGAUAUGGUGGACAAUCGUUUCCUGGUACAUUUUGACAACUGGGAUGAGAGCUAUGACUAUUGGUGUGAAGCUUCCAGUCCACACAUUCAUCCAGUUGGUUGGUGUAAAGAACAUAGAAGAACCCUUAUUACUCCUCCAGGUUAUCCAAAUGUGAAACAUUUUUCUUGGGAUAAAUACUUAGAAGAAACCAAUUCUUUACCUGCUCCUGCAAGAGCUUUCAAAGUGAAACCUCCACAUGGAUUCCAGAAAAAAAUGAAGCUGGAGGUCGUAGACAAAAGAAAUCCCGUGUUUAUUAGAGUAGCAACAGUUGCAGACACGGAUGAUCACAGAAUAAAAGUUCACUUUGAUGGCUGGAAUAGUUGCUACGAUUACUGGAUAGAUGCAGAUUCUCCUGAUAUUCACCCCGUAGGCUGGUGUUCAAAAACCGGGCAUCCUCUUCAGCCUCCUUUGAGCCCCUUAGAAUUAAUGGAAGCUUCAGAACACAGUGGAUGCUCAACCCCAGGAUGUAAAGGGAUUGGCCAUUUUAAGAGAGCAAGACACCUCGGUCCUCACAGUGCUGCCAACUGUCCCUAUUCAGAAAUCAAUUUGAACAAAGACCGAAUUUUCCCUGACCGCUUAAGUGGGGAGAUGCCUCCGGCUAGUCCAUCAUUUCCAAGAAAUAAAAGAACAGACACAAAUGAGAUCUCUUCAUCUCCUGAAAUCAGAGACCAGCAUGCUGAUGAUGUCAAAGAAGACUUUGAAGAGAGAACAGAAAGUGAAAUGAGGACGUCACAUGAAGCCAGAGGUGCCCGGGAAGAACCUCCCGUACAGCAAGCACAGCGUCGGUCUGCUGUCUUUCUGUCCUUUAAGUCCCCCAUUCCAUGUCUGCCCUUGCGCUGGGAGCAGCAAAGCAAACUUCUGCCGACUGUAGCCGGAAUCCCUGCCAGUAAAGUUUCCAAAUGGAGCACAGAUGAGGUGUCAGAAUUCAUACAGAGCUUACCUGGGUGUGAAGAACAUGGAAAGGUAUUUAAAGAUGAACAAAUUGAUGGAGAAGCAUUUCUGCUUAUGACCCAAACAGACAUUGUUAAAAUUAUGAGCAUUAAGUUGGGCCCUGCUCUCAAAAUUUUCAAUUCUAUCCUGAUGUUCAAAGCUGCAGAGAAGAACUCUCACAAUGAACUUUGAAGAUGAAUUUUAAAUACAAUCAGCUUUCUGCUUUAAAGCUCAUGUUUUAUUCAAAGCACAAGGACAGUUCUAACUCGUAAGUGGGAAGUCUCCAAAACCCAAAAGAACAAUGCUAUCGGAUUAUUUAUAUUCCUCCAGAGACAAUAUAUAUGAAUUCUUAUGAAAGUGCUUGAGCUUUUACCCAGGUACUGUCUAACAACAGUCAUCUUUUGGUUCUGUUCACUGAGCUAAAUUUAUCUUUGUAAAUCUUUUUGAGGCUGUGGGGGUGGGAGGGGAAGGGCGACUUCAUUAAUUAUUUAUGGCUAAGGGGGGAAGAGUAAGAACUUUCAGCAUUUUGUAAACAUUGUUGACUUCUCUUUCAUGUACACUGUUUCUUUUUCAAUACUUUCAGGAAUCUUUUUAUAUAAUCAAAUUUCAACUUAAACCAAAUUAGUCAAAACCUGGCUAAAUUUAGCCAAUGGGACUGUUAUCUGUAUUGUUAAUUCUGUGCCAUAUUUUGAAUUGCAACAUUAUGCUAAGUAUAACUUUGCAAGUCAUGAUAUUGCCUAACUGCUUGUCAUCGUUUGUUGGGGCUGAAUAGUUGUAAAAAUUACUUUUCCUUAAAUCAAGUGUUUUUGCUUUUGCACGUAUUAUGAAAUGUUUAAACAAAUUACUUUCACCAGCAUCUUUACUAUAAUUACCAAAAACGUGUAUAUAAAUAAUGGAAUUGAAAAAUAAAAUAUAUAAACAUAAAUAAAUUAGGUGAUGUAUUUGAAUGGCAUCAAUCACAAACAUGGUGGUGCCCUGUGUGUUGGACUCUUGUAGAGUCCAACGGUCUCGUGGAACAUGCAGUUCCAUUUUGGGGGUUGAGGUUAUAGAAAUCUUGAACUAUUUAUGAGAUUAUCUUGAGCGUCUCUGUCAUUGAGGUAACUGGUGCUUUUCAGAGCUAGAUGAAAGGCUUCUUCUGUCAAUAGAAACACUAAUCCCUAAAGAGCUGUCUCAGAUGUUUGUGUCCUCCAAACCCAAAGGUUUUCUUCAGGGUUGACUGUGAGAGAUUGUGUGGGUGUUACUUAAAAGGCAAGGUGUGAGGAAGCAGCAUCAGUGGACACACAGAUUGUAAAUGCUUCCAGGUCAGGGAGGCGAUUUCCCAAAACAGUUAUUCAAGAACCUCCGUUUUGGAAAGAUUCCUUUCUCUGUGGAACAGUUCACCUCAAUAUAUAAGCGUACAGAUGCACUUUAAAUGAAAGCCCUUGAUUACCUAUGAAAUGAUAGCUGGUAGUGUUUCUUUUACAAGAAUGCAUUCCCAAUGCAAAAGCUAAAUUAUUUUAUCAGCCUUUGCAUGUAAUUUCUAACUCUAGGAUUGGACUAUUUUAAAAGUAGAAAGUUAGUUUGCAGCAUGCUGUCUGAAUUCUGGAGAAAGGUCCAACACUCGCUUUAGUUGCUUUCAUUUUUUCUAAUGUAGAACUUCCUUUGAUAUCCCCUGUUGGAAGUCUAUUAGCAGUCUUUGCAUUUGUCAUAAUUCAAGGUAAAAACAGGGUCAGUGACAUCUGCAGUGUCCCAUUCAUUUCUUUGCAUGAAUCUGCUUAAAUAACUUUUUUGUUGUUAGUUUUUAUUUCCUUUUUUUAUGUUUUGUUCAGAAUUUGUACAUUUAAGUUGCACUUGUUACAUCUGACAUGAAUGAAAUAAAGUCUAAAUUGCAGAUA